AUGAAUCAACUCUACCAUCCAAACGGUUUGUGUAUUGAUGAUGAUCAAACUAUCUACAUUGCUGACAGCUUGAAUUCUCGUAUUGUGGAAUGGAAAUGUGAUGCGAAGACUGGUCGAGUUGUGGCUGGUGGAAAUAGAGAGAGAAAUCGUCCUGAUCACUUGAAAGUUGUAGCAGAUAUCAUUAUUGAUAAAGAAACAGAUAGUCUCAUCAUUUUCGAUUAUAAUAAUAGAAGAGCUGUUCGAUGGCCUCGUCAAAAUGGUACAAAUGGAGAAACAAUCAUGUCAAAUGUUGGAUGUUCGGGUUUGACAAUGGAUCCUGAAGGAUUUCUCUAUAUCGUUGACUAUGAUAAGUAUAAAGUGAGACGAUAUCGAAUAGGAGAAAGUCAAGGAAUAUUGGUUGCAGGUGGAAAUUUGCAAGGGAAUCGUCUCGAUCAGAUGAGUAAUCCGACAUACAUAUUCGUCGAUCGAGAUCAUUCAGUUUACGUAUCAGAUCGUACAAACCAACGUGUGAUGAAGUGGAUGGAAAGUGCGAGACAAGGUAUUAUCGUGGCUGGUGGUCAAGGUGAAGGAGGUAAUCUUACUCAGUUAUGA